GUGCGUUCAGCAACAACAGCAACCAGUUACUGGUUCGGUUGCUAUAUCACUUCAUACGUAACCAACCAGCCUACUGCACGUACUUACUCCAUCUUUUAGUCUCCUGCCGAGUUAUUUGUCUGUAGAGUUCUCUAUCUAAGAUGGCCAGCGGAAAGGUUCUAAUCUACGGAGGACGAGGUGCCCUCGGAGCGACGUGCGUCCAAUACUUCAAGACCAACAACUUUUGGGUAGGUUGUAUCGACCUUGCCGAGAAUGAGUCUGCCGAUUUGAACAUUGUGGUCGACCGGGAUGCCGACUGGGUUGCCCAAGAGCAGAGUGUGCUGUCGCAGGUCGAAUCAUCUCUGAAAGGAGACAAGCUGGAUGCGGUGAUCUGCGUUGCCGGAGGCUGGGCCGGUGGUAACGCUACCAAGGACCUGGCCAAGAACUCGGAUCUGAUGUGGAAGCAAUCGGUUUGGUCUUCGGCCAUUUCGGCUACGGUUGGUGCUAAUCAUCUUAAGACUGGAGGUUUGUUGGCUUUGACCGGUGCCAAUCCGGCUCUUGCUGGUACACCCGGUAUGAUUGGGUAUGGCAUGGCCAAAGCCGCAGUACACCAACUGACAAAGAGCUUGGCUGGAAAUGACUCCGGACUGCCGGAUCAAGCCCUAGUUGUAUCGAUCCUGCCGGUUACCCUGGAUACACCUAUGAACCGUAAAUGGAUGCCAACUGCCGACUUUGGAACAUGGACGCCAUUGGAGUUUGUUGCCGAGCUCUUCCACAAGUGGACCAAAAACGAGGAACGUCCGGCCAGUGGCAGCCUCGUCAAGCUGAUCACCAAGGAUUCCAAAACAGAGCUGGUAAUGGCCGAAUAAGUCAGACAUGACACUAAAAUGUUGAUUUAACACUUCUCUUAAAACAUUCCAUGAUGAUGAUGAUGCUCUCUCUUCUACAAACAUUCUCAAAAUGAUAGAACCGCGUUUAGCGAUAGCGAGUAAGAAGAUUCGUGUUUGACACAUCGAAUAUUUUGUGCGGCGAUAUUUGUUGCUUAUCAUCGUUUGAAAAAAAAGGAAAAAAGAAUAACAUAUAUAUAUAUGUAUACCAGUGAUGUUGACCGAAAUAUACAAUAAUCAAUGUUCGUACUGAAUACAACAGUCUAUAGACAUAA